ACUCCUCUUGGUCUCUCUCAUUUUUAGGGUUUUUUAGAUUUUGUUAAAAGGGGUAGGUAUUAGUAUUAGAUAGGCGUCAUCAGAGGAAUGUAUAGUUUUUUAUAUGUUCCAUUUCCUUAUAUUUCUGUUACUUAAUUCUCUCUCUCUCUCUCUCUCUCUCUAGACUGGAGAAAAAAUGGAGAGCUCUGCAUUUGCUCUCUCUCCCACGACGCAAUUUCUCAAUACCAGAAAACUUAUAAAUCGGAGAUCGUACUUUAAAUUCAAUCCGAUUUCACUCUCUUCAUCGAAGAAAUCGCUUGAUCUCAACCCCAUCCAUGGCGACUCUGGCUUGGCAGAUCAUAGAUCAUCGCCACUCUGCUCCUCGUCGUGUUUCAGAAACUGGAUUUCUGCUCCACCUUUCGUCUCCAAUCGGAAGAAGAAGGAUUUUCAGGUGGAAGCUAUUUCAGUUCCCGAGAGUGCUGGCGAGAGCGGCGAGAGCGCGAAAUCGAGUAGUUUGAUCAAAACUUUGGAGAUCGGGCUUCUGUUCGGCAUGUGGACUCUUUUCAACAUCUACUUCAACAUUUACAACAAACAGGUUCUGAAGGUUUAUCCGUUCCCAGUAACUGUCUCCACAUUUCAAUUCUUUACAGGGACUGUGCUUGUCAUUUUAAUGUGGGCAUUUAAUCUACACAAUAGACCAAAAAUUAGUCGUUCGCAGCUUGUAGCAAUCAUACCAUUGGCCAUGGUUCACUCAUUGGGAAACCUUUUCACCAACAUGAGUCUUGGAAAAGUUGCUGUUUCUUUCACACACACAAUCAAAGCCAUGGAACCAUUUUUCUCAGUUCUUCUCUCUGUUUUGUUUCUUGGGGAGAUACCCAGUGCCUGGGUUGUGGUUUCCCUUCUACCAAUUGUUGGUGGUGUAGCAUUGGCAUCUCUAACAGAAGCCUCUUUUAAUUGGGCUGGGUUUUGGAGUGCAAUGGCUUCCAACCUGACUAACCAGUCACGUAAUGUCCUCAGCAAAAAGGUCAUGGUCAAGAAAGAGGAAUCCAUGGACAAUAUCACUCUUUUCUCAAUAAUAACAAUCAUGUCAUUUAUCAUGUGUCUGCCACUGACUCUCCUCAUGGAAGGUGUCAAGUUUACUCCUGCAUACAUGCAGGCUGCUGGAUUGAACGUUAAAGAGGUAUGCCUGAGGUCUCUACUUGCUGCUCUCUGUUACCAUGCUUAUCAACAGGUUUCUUAUAUGAUAUUACAGAGGGUGUCCCCAGUUACACACUCUGUGGGCAACUGUGUGAAACGGGUUGUGGUCAUUGUGACCUCAGUUCUCUUCUUCCAGACUCCAGUCUCUCCCAUCAAUUCUCUUGGAACUGGUGUGGCUCUUGCAGGAGUAUUCUUGUACUCUAGGGUCAAGAGGAUAAAGCCAAAGCAGAAAGCAGCUUAAAGUUAUAGGAGAGCUAGUGUCUGUAACUACUACAAUCAGGAAACAAAAUCUUUCCUCAUAGUAUUUAGCUUAGCUGGGUCAGGUAGAAGACUCUUUGUCUAGUGACUCUAGUCACAAUUUUAUUCUUUCGCUGCUUCUCUCAAAAUUUUUCGUGCGGUGAACAAGCUGGAUUUGGAGCCAAAGACUCUUAUGUAAUUUCAGUUCUUCACUAGUUACUUUGAAUGAAGCAAGAGAUGAUCUACCGAUGA